GGCAGGCAGCAGAGAGUGCCUCGAUCUAUCCAGUUCCGGUUUCCCUCCUACAGGGUUACAGCGGGCGUCGGUAUCCCUUCGCAGAGGGCGAAGGUGGCGACGAUGGUGAGCGAGGUGCGCGCCACUUUCCUGCACAGCAGUGCCACUAUCCUUUCCAGCGGAAGGAAGUCGCGCAGCGGCAAGCCGCUCGUGAACUUCCUCGCCGGGAGCGCCAAUGGCGCCCUGCUGUACGCCACCGUCGCACGUGAGGGGUCGAUCCGAGACACAGCGGACGUCGUGUACCGUAGGUGGCGGGCCAUCAUCUUGUCCUUUCCUGCAAAGGACGUGAUCAGCUUCUGCACUGACUCCACCAGUAACUAUACGGCGACAGCGCGCAGGUUCGCCACAGACCCCGAGCCUGACAUCAGGAGGAUCACGUGGCUCCCGUGCUCCACCCAUGUCUGCAACUUGAUGUUGUCAGAUAUUGGGACGCGAGUGGUGUGGGUCAAGGAGACCAUCAUCCGCGCUCGAGCGCUUGUGCGAUUUAUUAAAUCGCACGGCGCUGCUCACACCUUGUUUAGGAAGGUGAGCCCUCGCGUUCAGCUCGUCGAGCCCGUUGAGACACGGUUUGCAUCGGUUUUCCUGAUGCUGACGUGUCUCAAAGGCCGACGAGACGCGUUGGAGAGCAUGUUGCACGGGGAUGCUUGGGCACGCAUCCCGUGGGAUCGCGCCCACGUAUCUCAAGCGCAGUGGGUGCAGCAGCAGAUCCGGGACGGGGAGUUUUGGCAGCGUGUCCAGUACACCAUCCUAGUCAUGUCGCCCGUCCACCAGCUGUUGCGCAGGAUGGAUAGAGGUGGGAUGAUGAUGUCCGUCGUUUACGAGUGGAGUCAGCAUCUGCUGCAGUUGAUGAGGAGGGUGGACGUGCCGGAGGACAUGAUCGAGCCGUGCGUGCGUGAGGUUGCCAUGCUAGAGCCCGCACAUGCCGCGGCCCACCUCCUCAACCCUCGUCGACGGUCCCUCACGUAUUACCAUUCGCUGGAGACGACCGCCGACGACCGCCGUGUGGUCGAGGAGUGCGACAAAUUUCUCCUGGCGCAGACUGGCGGCGAUCCGGUCGACUUAUUGUACAGGAGCGUGAGGGACCAGAUGAGGGCGUUCCACUCGAGGCGAGGGGAUUGGGGAGAUCGUGACCUCUCCGAUGCCGAGGCGGCCGAUUGCAGGGGGGACAGCGAGACCGAGCGAUGUGCAGCGUGGUGGUUUGAGCAUGGACGUGCCCACCCGGAGUUGCGCACCAUCGCCAUCCGUGUCAUGCACUUGUGGACGUCUGCCUCUCCAGCGAAGAGGAACUGGGCGGAGCACGAGCGCGUCAGCACGGCGAGGCGCUCCAAGCUUGGGUUCGCCAAGCUUGCACAGCUGGUUGAGAUUGCCACCAAUCUCAAACUGGCCUCAUGCGCACGGCAGGGUGGUGGCUACGUGUUGCCAUGGGUUAUGGGGACCGGCCGGGGGGGCACAGCGGCAGAGGAGGAGGAUGAGGAGGGACAUGUGGAGCCCGAGGUGUGGGGAGCGCGACCUGAUGGCAGUGUUCUCGAGCAGGAGAUCCAGCGGCAGAUUGUCGCUUUCCGUGACAGCCGACCGUCCAAAGCCCGUUCGGUUCGGGACGUGUUCGGCAGCAGAGCGAUGGAGCUGCGACUGUGGCCGGAGGUUGGGGAUGAUGUCGACGCUGCUGCGGCAGACGACGACAUCGACGACGACUGGACUGACGAUGAUGACACGCCACUGAGUCGCGACCCGACGGCUGAGCGAGUGUACUUCACUUACGGUGGGGGUCGUGACGGCAUGGAUUCAUUCACAUCAGUUAUCACUGGUGAUGUGCCAUUGACCGCGCAGGCGAGUGGCAGCAGCAGAGCCGGCGGUGGUCGUGGAGGACGUUCGCAUGCGGAGGUUCGCGUGGACGACUCGGGGGAGCAGCAGCCACGGGGAGGUCUUCGGCAGACAAGCAGGCGUUGGGAGGUUAGGAGCGACAACGAGGCCGAGGGGGAGGCCGAGGAUGAGGAGGUGCCCCUUCGCGAUCGUCGCUUCUCUCCCUCCCAUCAUCCGAUCUCUGCACAGCCCGAGGCACUUAGGCGUUCGGAGAGGUUGGCGUCGGCAGCAGGCAGAGACCGGACACAUGACAGCGAGGAUCGUUGGGGGGAGAGGACUCCUUCCGACGCCGGUAUCCGCCCCCGCUCGCCGUCGGUGCUCCGCACACAGGACUUCAACGUCAUAGGGCUUGGCGGGAGCUUGGGAGAUUUCAGUGAGAAGAGGGAUGCCCGUUUGGACCGAGAGGAGGAGGAGCGGCUGAGGAGUUUGCCACAGUGGGAGGGUCGGUUCGCGUAUCUCGACGAGCAGCGUCGGCAGAGGGACUUGGAGACAGGAGGGGGGGGGAGCCGUGACGUCGACGACUCGGGUGUCCCUGAGAGGAGGUUCAGGGAGAGUUCGAUUAUGAGGGGCAGGAUGCCGCCGCGGGUGGUGGGUCAGGUGGUGGACGACGCGGCGACGAGGAGACCGCGGGUGUCCCUGAGGGGCAGGAUGUUGUCAUGCGCGGUGGGUCCCCUAGUGGGGGCUGUGGAGACAGCGAGACCGCGGGUGAUGAGGGACAGGGUGCCGCAGUGUGGCAGAGGAGAGGGUGGACCCGGUGGAGAUGGGGAUACCGCGGGUAUCGGUGGAGACGAUGGACCGGACAGCGACGAUGACGACGACCACGGUCCCGAGGACGAUCCGUAUAGGCUCACCUUGGUGUUGAGGGACCCCACAGUGCCUCCCUUGCGCCCUGAGGACACAGCACACACUUUCUUCGACGUCGACGCUUUGGCGCACGCGUUGACGGAUGACCGUUUCGCACACGUGAGCCGCAAGAGUGGCAAGCAACGGGCCCCUGGGAGGGUAUAUUCACCGUCGCCGUUCACAGUGCAGAGCCCUCACUGGUCGGGUUCGUCGCUCAGCGGCGUGAGAGGGAGGGACUCCGGUGCGGGUGAGGUGGGGUCCGGCAGACGCAGCGACGAAGGUAGAGAUAGUGCAGGAUCGAUGCCUCCGCCCCCCGCACGGACUCCGGAGGCCAGGGUCGACACCGGGGACGGGACGGCGGCACCCGGAGUUGCGCAUAGUGGCGGUUCCCCGCCGACAGUCCGAGGUGGUGUGGGUGGCGGAUGGUCAGCUGUUCGUCGGGUCGGGGACCGGUUGCGGGCGGAUUACGACGCUGGGAGGGGCGUCUUCACGGGACGUACGGCUGUUCAGACGCAGGCUGCGGAGGGUGGGUCCGGACGUCCGAGCCUGCAGAUGGCAGGCCGCAUGCUUGGUUUGUCACGAGCGGAUACGAGGAGAUCAUUGGUCCUCGAGGCCGCAGGGACAUCCACAGACAGGCUGCGGGGAGAGCAGUUCACAUUGGGCGAGGAGGGGUUGUUGAUGCGUCCCAGGACGAGACGACAGCAUGGCCUCUCGGAGGUUGAGGCUUGACUCGCUGCAGGGGUCGCCGCAAGGCAGGCAGCAUCGGACGCGAUUCAGAGGGAGAGAGAGAGGGGGAUUGCUGCACAGGCAGAGGAGGACGAGGACGCAGACACUGAGUCCGAGCCGAUCGAGACUGCGGCCCGCAGCGGCAUACGUCAGCGGGGCACGGGGCACAGGUGCCGGAGGGAGAGGAGGGCGCCGGGGAGGACCGCAUGGUCGCCCGUCCUCCGGGAGAGGCCGCGCGCGCUCUGGUGGGAGAUGACGACGUCCGUGGUGUAUUUUUUUUUUUCAUUAGUUUUUUUUUGUUUUUCGUGUGGCUGUACAGCCUGGACGCUCUGUCGGCAGGGUUGUUGCAUAUUUAUGUCGAUGUUGUUCCAUGGAAACGACGACAGUAUGUGGACAUUAGGGUUUUUUUUUUUUUUUUUGCUACUCGGUUGUACAGUAGAGACGACGCCCGUCCACGGGUCCAGUUUUUUUUUGCUACACUGUUGUGUAGCAGAGAUGAUGGGUCCAGUUUUUUUUUGCUACUCGGUUGUACAGUAGAGACUACGGGUCUAGUUUUUGGCUUCAGCCUUGUACAUACGCAUUUCCAUUGAAACGCUUUGUCAUAUAUUUGCUCUUGUUCUUGUUCCUCCGCCAACAUUGGUCUUGCAUCUGAGUCGCUGUUGUUUGGUGAUUGUUUUCUGCUCUGUUGUCGUGAUUGUUGCAAAUUAUGUGCUUCUCCGAUGCCACGCACCUGCAUGUCAUGGAUGCCUCCAUUAUGAAUGUGCUGUUAAUUUCAUAUGCGACAUAGGGAUGAUGUGCUAAUGAAUGUGUUCUUACAUAAAUGAUGUGCUAAUGAAUGUCCAUCAGUCUC